CGAUAACCCCUUUGGGCAACAGCUGCUGUGUACUGCUUCGUUUCUACUUACCGACUGCAAUGAUGGGCCUGUUCAGCCAGGCCGGCGCCAGCCUCCGUGGAAAGCCUCGAGGUUCCGAUGAGGACAGAGCUCCCGAAGACACGGAACCGGAUGAGACAUCUGUUCUGUCCGUUGUCACUCUUCAUGACGUCCCCACCACUUACCCUCUCCAUCGGCAGCGACGAGAAUGAAGGAUCCAUCAUCCUUUCGCUCAUAUCCCAGCUGAGAAUCGGAAUGGAUCUCUCGCGUGUAACGUUCCCGACAUUCGUGCUGGAGCCCCGCAGCAUGCUCGAGCGCAUCACCGAUUUCAUGUCGCACCCAGAUCUCAUCUUCGGCGCGGAUACGUGUCCGGAUCCGGAAGAGCGUUUCAUGCGGGUUUUGCAGUACUACCUCGCGGGGUGGCACAUCAAGCCCAAGGGCGUCAAGAAGCCCUACAACCCCGUGCUGGGGGAGUUUUUCCGGUGCAGGUACGACUAUCCGGAUGGCACGCAGGGAUUCUACGUCGCCGAGCAGGUGUCUCACCACCCCCCGAUCUCGGCCUUUUACUAUGUGUCCCCGGCCAACCGCGUCGCGAUCGUCGGCGAACUGCGGCCCAAAUCCAAGUUCUUGGGCAACAGCGUCUCGACGACGAUGGAGGGAGAGAACAGGGUCAUUUUGCUGGGCAGUCAGCAGGAUGGUGAAUACGUGAUUACCAUGCCAAACAUGUACGCGCGCGGGAUUUUGUUUGGCAAGAUGGUGCUCGAGCUGGGGGAUACCUGCACGGCCACCAACAGCAACAACGCGCUUUCGUGCGACCUUGAAUUCAAGACUAAGGGCUUUUUCUCGGGGACCUACAAUGCCAUUGCUGGCCGGGUGCGCCACAACUCUUCGGACGUCGGAGAGAUCUCGGGGCGAUGGAGCCACACCAUGGAGUUCAAGAGCGCCAAGUCGGGCAAGAAACACGUUUUGUUCGACGCUGACAAGGACGGGGGCAACAUCGUCACGAAGCGGGUCUGUGCCCUGGACGACCAGGAGCCCAACGAGUCGCGCCGCCUCUGGAAAGACCUUACCAAGGCCAUCGUGGACAAGGACAUGGAGGCCGCGACCAACGCCAAAAGCGCGGUCGAGGACGCCCAACGGAACCGGAGCAAGAACCUCGAAGACAACGGAGCGAAACACGUCCAGCGUUUCUUCGAGUUCCGCAACAACCGAUGGGAGCCUAAAUUCACGCUUCCUUCUGAUAUCGAAGCUGCGCCUGCUGCGGUGCAAGAAUGGAUCUGGGGCUCCUCGCCCGUACCACCGGCCGCCAGUGCGCCGUCUUCUCCUUAAUGCUCCUAUCCGUUUGAUAGAACACACCAAACUGUAUCACUUUUUCUACAUCACAGUUAUUCAUUUAAUGCUUUGUGUCAAUACAGCGGAUUACAGUACCUGAGAGCUGGGUGGGGAAGGG